AUGAAUUCCGACGAAAUGGAGAAAUUACAACCAAUGUUCAAUCGUAUUUCUAGAGUUUCACAAAAGCCAUCAACUCAGAGAGCAAUACCAAUUAAAUUUGUCUAAAAGAUGGAACUACUUUAGAAUUCGCUUCUUGAUCCAACUCUGGAACUCAAUUCAUUGGACUACGAUUAACUAACAUUUGACGAAUUAAAUUAAUUAUUCAAACUUAACAAGGAAUCCAAAAUUGAAUUGCUGAUUAGUUUAUUCAAUCUAUUCUUCAAACAAAAGAAAGUGGUUGGUGAAAUUGAUAUUUUGGGUAAAAGUACCAUUUUAUGGUCAAGGAAAAAGAUUGAAAUUGAUCUAGACAUAAGAGAAUUGAUGAUUCAUCGACAAAAUCCAAAGGAAAAACCCUACUUAAUAGAUUUGACGGAAUUUCUAAUUAAUUACCGAGGCUAUUUAAGAGGCAGAUAUCAAUAUGAAUUAUUAUGUCGAGAUCCAAAUGCUUAGAUCAAAGACAUCAUCAUAGGGAGUGAAGAUAAGGAAGAAAUCGCUAAGUGGAUUGAAUACUUCCAAACAUGUUGCAAAUAAGAAAAUGUGGAACGAUCUAAAACAAUAAUCUUAAAAAAUGAGUUAGAAGUUGAAGCCAAGAAUUUCGAUACAAGAGACAGAUAUCGCACAGCAACCAUUAAGAGAAAGCAAGCUGAUGACACAAAGAUUACCAAAUAAAUCGCUUAGUCCAAAUCAUAAUUACAAUAUAUAGAACAUGAAGCAAUAAUUAUAGAAGAACAAAUUAUACAAGAAAAUUUACCCGUUAUUUUUGAGACUCUUAAAGAAAAGUUGAAUCUUGAAUUCCUAAUGGAUGAUCAUGACUUUUCUCUCAUUUCAUUUGAACAUUGUGCCAGGAUAAUGCAAUCAAAAUUAAACAAAAAUAAUUUUAGAGUUUAUGUGUCCCUACCAAAAACAUCCCUUGAAAUACUAAUAACCUCACUUUAUGAUCCCUAUUCCCUGAUGAAAUGGAACAAGCAAGUCAAAAAUCAAUCCAUCAUACUCUAAGCAACUCCAUUCUUAGCAUAAAUAGAAGAAAUCAGAGAACCCUUAAGUUUUAUUCAUUAACCUAGAGCCUUCAAGUUCUUGAGAUAUAUUUACCCAGUCAAAGAUUCCUUUUUCAUUAUAGAAAAAUCAUACGAAAACCAUGAAAAUGAUGGAUCUAUUGAAUGGAAUAUAAUAGGAAUUUUUAUGUAAGAUCUUCAAAGUAAAAUUAUGAUUGUUGACACUCUUGUCUAUAACAAGGGCUAUAUUACUUAACAUUAAGAUUAACAGUUAAUUUUGAAUUACAUUCAACAAUAUCAAAAUUACAAAUAAUUCUUAAAGGAAGAAAAUAGAAGGUAAUAAAUUGGUAAUGUUAAUUUACCAAUAUUUGUAAGUGAGGCCAUGAGCUUGAUUAAUAGAUAUGAACAACUUAAAAAUAAAUAAAUAAAAAGAACAUUUAAAUCCUAAGGUGUUAGAUCUGCUUAAUAAGAUUAAACUGUAUCACCAAAUUUAUCAUCUUAAACGAGCCAAUUAAAUGAUAACUUUUCUUUGGAUGGAGACAAUUAAAAUAGAGAUUCCUUUCUUUAGGAGGAUAUUCGAUCAGAAUAAUAACGAAUAACAUCAAAUCUAAAAAAUGACAAUAUAUAAUAAUUUUAUCAAAUCUCCAAAUAUACAAAAGAGUCAUUGCAUUAAUUUUUAUGUGAUAGACUUUUAGAUAUUGAACAACAAGUGCAUCAUCUUUAAUAAAUUCAUUAUUAUCAAACCAAACCGCAACACAACAUUUAAUUAGAAAGAUAUGAAAAAGAUAAGGAUGGAAAGCACUUUUUCUAUUAAUCAGAUUGGGUAUACGAUGCUUAGAAGGGCUAUUUGAAAUUUGUAAAUGAUGAAAAGUUAGCUUAAUAAAAGAAGGUCUUGUAUUAUAUCUUAUAAAAAAUUGGCCAAAGUCUACUAAGGACAAGCAUACUUCAUAUUUCUCUUCCUGUCCACAUUUUUGAGAGAAGAACUAACCUACAAAGAUUCGCUAGCUCUUUUUCUUAUGCUCCUCAUUUCUUAGAGCCUGUAGUUAAUAGUACUCCACUUGAUUAAAUGAAAGCCGCAUUAGCCUUCAUUGUAUCAAUCAAUAUAUUGUAUCUAUCCUUAGAAAAACCUUUCAACCCAAUUCUUGGUGAGACCUUUUAAUGUUGGAUUAAAGGUUGCCCCCUCUAUCUAGAACAGAUUAGUCAUCACCCACCGAUUGCUGCAUUUAUGAUGUAUGGACAAGGGUACAAUAUUAAUGGACAUUUUGAAACUUAAGCCAAUUUAGGUUUAAAUUCAAUUACGGGUUAAAAUUUUGGUAAGGUAAAUUUGGAGUUUGAAAACGGUACAAAGAUUGAAUUCAAUAAUUGCAAAGGUUAUUUGGGUGGUAUAACAAUUGGAGAUAGAAUAUUUUAUUUGGAGGGUCCCAUUUAUUGUAUUGAUUAUGUAAAUGAAUAUUUGGGAGAGUUGUACUUCAAUCCUCCUUGCGGAUUGUUUGGGAAAAAGAUGCCAUUGGAUUAUUUUCAAGGUUCCAUAUAUAAAAUUGAUGAGAAGGAAGUCUCGAGAUGGAAAAAGUUAGGAUAUAAAAAGUAUUAGGGAUUGCAAGGUUCUGCUUAAAAAUAUCCUGCUUUGAGUAAAAUUGAUGGAUUGUGGCAAUCUGAAGGUAAAAAUUUCAAUGUUGACGAGAGAAACACUUUUAAUAUUAUGACAGACUUUCCUUUUGAGGUUUAUCCGGAGUAGUAUCCACUAGCUUCCGAUUCAUAAAAUAGAUUGGAUUUGGUGUCUUGGUAACUUAAUGAUUUUGAGUUAACUAUGAAACAUAAAGAAUAUCUAGAAAACUAAUAAAGGAGAGAUAAAUAAUUAAGAAAAAAGAAAUGA